AUUGCACAAGCAUCCGGGUCCCGUAUAAAUAGCCAAGGCGAGGUCAGCUUGUAUCGUCUUUACUCAGAUCCGCUGGACGCUCUGAUUCCAAUAUUCAAAAUGAAACUGAUUACUGUGGCUGUUUUACUGGCUGUUUUCUGCUAUGGAGUCGAGAGUUUCAGGCUGCAGAAGCGCGAUGCAGAGCCCACAGCCCCGCCCUCCGCCUGGGGUAAUGUCGUGACCGACACGUUGUGGGAUUACUGGGGCAAGGGGACCGCGCUCGCCAGCGGCUGGAUAGAGGACGUCAAGUCAUGGAAGGUGGACGAGAAAGUCAUAAACUUGUACACAGAAAGUGCGGCAGCGAUCGAGACGUACACAGGGAUCCUUAAAGACCAGAUCUAUCAUUCCUGGAACCAGCAAUAAAACCCGCUAAUACUCAGCGCUCACCCCCGGGGCUGAACCAACAUCUCCAUAUCCCACAAGACCAGAUCUAUCAUUCCUGAACCAGCAAUAAAACCCGCUAAUACUCAGCGCUCACCCCCGGGACUGAACCAACAUCUCCAUAUCCCACAAGACCAGAUCUAUCAUUCCUGAACCAGCAAUAAAACCCGCUAAUACUCACCGCUCACCCCCGGGGCUGAACCAACAUCUCCAUAUCCCACAAGACCAGAUCUAUCAUUCCUGAACCAGCAAUAAAACCCGCUAAUACUCAGCGCUCACCCCCGGGGCUGAACCGACAUCAUCAUAUCCCACAAGACUGUCAUUUAACUCCUGUCUCUGUUGAAUCACAAGCCUGUCGAUUUUACAAAACAUCUGGAAUCUAAUUGAAGCCUUCAAAGUGCUUUGCAAAUGAUAGAAGUAGUAACACAAGUACUUAAACAUUCUCGAGUUGUUUCACUCUACAUCUUGUGCGUUAUAUGUGUUUCCCUCGUCACAACAUAGGAGUCCUUUACUGUUUCAAGAAUAAACUCAUCAUUUUUUUUAAGAA